AUGGGGUUGGGUUGUAGUGACUCUCUAGGUUUAGCAAUCCUGGUGAUUCUGGGGCUAUGUCAUGGGCAAGCAGACUUCUGGAGAGCUGGCACCUUAGCCAUCCAGUAUCACUAUAACUGCGGAGAGCAUGGUGUGCAAUUGCUUGUGCUUCCCAGUCACGGCCGAGAGGUCCGCUUUAAAGUUGUGGAUGAAUUUGGGACAGCCUUUGAAGUCUCCAAUUGUUCCAUCUGUCAUCACUGGAUCACUUCACAUAAUGGGACUGUCACUUUCUCUGCUGGCUAUAGUGGCUGUCAUGUAGUAAAGAAGGAUGGUACGCAUCACCUGAAGGUCCGUUUAGAGGAACUAACAAGGAACAGAAGAGUUGUUGCUGCCCAGGACAUCAACAUGAUCUGCCCCAAGCCACAGGAGCGUGUCACAACCCCAGAGAACAACAUACGUCAUGUGCACCAGCCCCAGCCUGGUCUAGUUCACCCACUUCAGUCCAGUCUAGUGCAUGCAGUGGUCUCUCAGCUGCAGCCUGGCCAAGUGCACCCAGGGGAGUCCCAACCUGGCCUAGUGUUGCCAUUCCAGCCUGGCCAAGUGCACCCAGAGGAGUCCCAACCUGGCCUGCUGCUGCCAGUACAGCCAGGUCUAGUGCAUACAGGGAAAUCUCAGACUGGCCUACUUCUCCCCCUCCCGCCCAGCCAAGUUCACCCACUCCAGCCAGGCCAAGCAUACUCCGGGGUGUAUAAACACAACCUAGUUCACCCACUUCACCCAGGACAAGUGCACCCAGUCCAGCCUGGCCAGGUGCGUCCAGGGGAAUCCCAAACUGGCCUAGUGCACCCUGUCCACCCCGGCCAGGUGCAUCCAGGAGAGUCCCACCCUGGUCUAGUGCGCCCAGUCCACCUCGGCCAGGUACGUCCGGGAGAGUCCCACCCUGGCCUAGUGCGCCCAGUCCAACCUGGCCAGGUGCACCCUGUCCAGCCCGGCCAGAUACGUCCGGGAGAGUCCCAACCCGGCCUAGUGCGCCCAGUCCAGCCUGGCCAGGUACGUCCGGGAGAGUCCCAAUCCGGCCUAGUGCGCCCUGGACAGCCUGGCCUAGUGCGCCCAGUCCAGCCUGGCCAGGUACGUCCGGGAGAGUCCCAACCCGGCCUAGUGCGCCCUGGACAGCCUGGCCUAGUGCGUCCAGGAGAGUCCCAACCCGGCCUAGUGCGCCCAGUCCACCCCAGCCAGGUACGUCCGGGAGAGUCCCACCCUGCCCUAGUGCGCCCAGUCCAGCCCGGCCAGGUGCUUCCAGGGGAGUCCCAACCCGGCCUAGUGCGCCCAGUCCACCCCAGCCAGGUGGAUCCAGGAGAGUCCCACCCUGGCCUAGUGCGCCCAGUCCAGACCAGCCAGGUACGUCCGGGAGAGUCCCAACCCGGCCUAGUGCGCCCAGUCUACCCCAGCCAGGUGCGUCCGGGAGAGUCCCAACCCGGCCUAGUGCGCCCUGGACAGCCUGGCCUAGUGCGCCCAGUCCAGCCCAGCCAGGUGCUUCCAGGAGAGUCCCACCCUAGCCUAGUGCGCCCAGUCUACCCCAGCCAGGUGCAUCCAGGAGAGUCCCACCCAGGCCUAGUACGCCCUGUCCAGCCUGGCCAGGUGCGUCCGGGAGAGUCCCAACCCGGCCUAGUGCGCCCAGUCUACCCCAUCCAGGUGCGUCCAGGAGAGUCCCGCCCAGUCCAGCCUGGCCAGGUGCGCCCAGUCCAGCCCAGCCAGGUACGUCCAGGAGAGUCCCAACCCGGCCUAGUACGCCCUGUCCAGCCUGGCCAGGUGCUUCCAGGAGAGUCCCACCCUGGCCUAGUGCGCCCAGUCCACCCCAGCCAGGUACGUCCAGGAGAGUCCCAACCCGGCCUAGUACGCCCUGUCCAGCCUGGCCAGGUGCGUCCGGGAGAGUCCCAACCCGGCCUAGUGCGCCCAGUCUACCCCAUCCAGGUGCGUCCAGGAGAGUCCCGCCCAGUCCAGCCUGGCCAGGUGCGCCCAGUCCAGCCCAGCCAGGUGCUUCCAGGAGUGUCCCACCCCGGCCUAGUGCACCCAGUCCAGCCUGGCCAGGUGCACCCUGUCCAGCCCGGCCAGGUACAUCCAGGAGAGUCCCACCCUGGCCUAGUGCGCCCAGUCCAACCCGGCCAGGUACGUCCAGGAGAGUCCCAACCCGGCCUAGUGCGCCCUGGCCAGCCUGGCCAGGUGCGUCCGGGAGAGUCCCAACCCGGCCUAGUGCGCCCAGUCUACCCCAUCCAGGUGCGUCCAGGAGAGUCCCAACCCGGCCUAGUGCGCCCAGUCCAACCCGGCCAGGUGCUUCCAGGGGAGUCCCAACCCGGCCUAGUGCGCCCUGUCCAGCCCGGCCAGGUGCGUCCGGGAGAGUCCCAACCCGGCCUAGUGCGCCCAGUCCACCCCGGCCAGGUGCGUCCGGGAGAGUCCCAACCUGGCCUAGUGCGCCCAGUCCAGCCCAGCCAGGUACGUCCAGGAGAGUCCCAACCCGGCCUAGUGCGCCCUGGCCAGGUACGUCCAGGAGAGUCCCAACCCGGCCUAGUACGCCCUGUCCAGCCCGGCCAGGUGCGUCCGGGAGAGUCCCAACCCGGCCUAGUGCGCCCAGUCUACCCCAUCCAGGUGCGUCCAGGAGAGUCCCAACCCGGCCUAGUGCGCCCAGUCCAACCCGGCCAGGUACGUCCAGGAGAGUCCCACCCUGCCCUAGUACGCCCAGUCCAGCCUGGCCAGGUGCGUCCAGGAGAGUCCCACCCUGGCCUAGUGCACCCAGUUCAGCCUGGCCAGGUGUACCCUGUCCAGCCUGGCCUAGUCCAUCCAGGGGAGUCCCAACCCGGCCAGGUGCGCCCUGUCCAGCCUGGCCAGGUGCACCCACUUGAACCUGGCUUAGUCCGUCCAGGGGUGUCCCGACCCGGUGUAGUGCACCCUGAACAGGUAUACCCAGUGCAGCCCGGUUUUCUGCCUCCCAGGGAAUCCCAACCCGGCCUGUUGCGCCCAGUCCAGCCCGGCCAGGUGCGUCCAGGGGAGUCCCAACCCGGCCUAGUGCGCCCACUCCAACCUGGCUUAGUGCGUCCAGUCCAGCCGGGCCUGGUGUAUCCAGGCGAGUCCCAACCCGGCCUCCUGCUUCCACUGCAGCCUGGACAAGUGCGUCCAGGGGAGUCACAGCCUGGCCAAAUACGCCCACUUCAGCCAAGCCACGUACAUCCAGGGGAGCGCUUUCCUGGGCAGAUGCAUCCAGUGGUGCUCCAAUCUAGCGUAGGUCGCCCUCUAACUCAGCAGCAAUGCCAGGUUUCUUCUGGGAGAAUACCCUGUGCAGAUGUGCAAGGACCAACAGCUUGUCAUCAGACUGGAUGUUGUUAUGAUGCUAGGGAUCAUGUGACUCCCUGCUACUAUGGUAACACAGUCACUGUUCAAUGCCUUCGAGAUGGCUACUUCAUCUUGGUAGUCUCCAGGGAUAUGUUGGACUAUCCAAUCAUCCUGGAGAGUGUCAGACUCUCGUAUGCCCAAGCAGGUUGCAGACCAGUCAGGAAAACAGAAUCUUUCCUGGUCUUCCGCUUCCCUCUCACACAGUGUGGCACCACGGUCCAGGUGACUGGUGGCCGACUGAUAUAUGAAAACCAGCUCAUUUCUGGCAUUGACAUCCUAAAUGGGCCAGAUGGCUCUAUAACACGAGAUAGCACCUUCAUGAUUCAUGCUCGUUGUAUCUACAAUGCUACUGAUUUCCUGCCACUUCAGGUUGAAGUCUUUUCACCUCCCAGCCCAGCUCCAAUUUUCCAAGUGGGACCUCUUCGGCUUGAGCUGCGUAUUGCCACAGAUUCGAGUUAUACCUCAUACUACUCAGAUAUAGAGUAUCCGAUUGUGAAGAUCCUGAGAGAGCCUGUGCAUGUAGAGAUUCGCAUCCUGCAGAGAAUGGACCCAUCCCUAGUUCUGGUUCUGCAUGAGUGCUGGGCUACCCCAAGUUCAAAUCCCCUUGAGCAAUUACAGUGGCCAAUCCUAGUAGAUGGGUGCCCGUUUGAAGGAGACAACUAUAGAACCCAGCUGCUACCCAUGGGGCCUGCUACGUCAGAAUUUCCCUUUCCUAACCACUAUCAGCGUUUCAUCAUUUACACAUUCACAUUUCUGGAUUCUGCCCCUCAAAAGGGGCUAGAUGGUUUGGUGUACCUCUUCUGCAGCGUAUCUGUUUGCCAUCCGUCCCAUCUUGAUUCCUGCAGGGUUGCAUGUCAGAUGCCAGUGGCUUCAAGAGGCCGUCGGUUUCUGAAGAAGGAGAAUGAGACAGAAUCCUUGGACUUAGUAAGCACUUAUGGAGGUGUAAUUUUUCAAGAGAGUAUUCAUGAGAAGCAAGUCAAGUGGGAGAGUGACAUGAUCUCCAGUGAAGACCUGGCUCUGGUGCUCUUGGUGGUGCUACCUAUCAUUGGGAUUAUCUUAUUUGUUGCUGUGCUGAUGCUCUGGAAGAAAAGAAGCAGGAUGGCAAAGCUUUAAUGUUGUUGGGCAGAAAAUGUGUAAAUAAAACUAUACCCAGUGGCUUAUAAAGGAUCUCUUGACAUUCCACUUCUUCAUUGAUUAGACAGAAAACC